AUGCUGCUGUCCGGCUCGCAGGACGGGUUCAUGAAGUGCUUCGACCUGCGCAAGAAGGAGUCCGUCAGCACCUUCUCAGGUCAGUCGGAGAGCGUGCGUGACGUUCAGUUCAGCAUGAAGGACUAUUUCACGUUUGCGGCGUCGUUUGAGAACGGUAACGUGCAGCUGUGGGACAUCCGCCGACCCGACCGCUACGAGCGCAUGUUCACCGCCCACACGGGCCCCGUCUUCUGCUGCGACUGGCACCCGGACGACAGGGGCUGGCUGGCCACAGGAGGGCGGGACAAGAUGGUGAAGGUGUGGGACAUGACCACCAACCGUGCCAAGGAGGUGUACUGCGUGCAGACCAUCGCCUCGGUGGCGCGGGUGAAGUGGCGGCCCGAGAGGAAGUACCACCUGGCCACCUGCUCCAUGAUGGUGGACCACAACAUCUACGUGUGGGACGUGCGCCGGCCCUACAUCCCCUUCGCCACCUUCGAGGAGCACAAGGACGUUACCACGGGGAUCGUGUGGAGGCACCAGCACGACCCACAGGUCCUGUUGUCUGGCUCAAAGGACAGCACCCUCUACCAGCACGCCUUUAAAGACGCCAGCCGCCCCGUGGACCGUGCCAACCCCGAGGGCCUGUGCUUCGGCCUGCUGGGCGACCUGGCCUUCGCCGCCAAGGAGAGCCUGAUGGGGGGCGAGGCGGGCCGCAAGCCGGGCUACCCCGGCGGAGACCGCCGCUACCCCAUCUUCUUCUUCAAGAAGCCCGACGUCACGGAGCAGUUCGCCCAGGUGUCCAGUGUCCUGAGUGUCUUCGAGGCGCCCGCAGCGGGAGGGGGAGGGGGAGGGGGAGGUGGAGGUGUCGGGGCGGGGAGCCGCAUGGAUUGGUUCGUGGAUACAGCGCGGCUUUACCUGUUGAGUGGAAAGCCCUUCGCCGAUCUUUGUGACCACAACGCCAAGGUGGCCAAGCAGCUCAACCGCCCACAGGUCUCCACUACAUGGACCAUGCUGAGGAUCAUGUUCUCAGAGCCAGCCAACAUCAGCAGCUCGACCAAUCACCUUAUGAGCAAACUGGGCACCCUGCCACCCCUCCUCAAUAGUUUCAGCAUGAAGGAGUUGAGCUCCGGCCUCAACGAGAGGAACAAGGAGAGCAGACAAGACAACAUCCACAGCCUGGAGACCAACAUCAACAACAACGAUGUGGAGAAUGAGGAGACGGAGGGCAGUGAGGGUCAGGCUGAGUAUGUGUUUGGAGACGCAGAGCUGGACGAUGAUGACCUCUACUCCAUGGAACAUGACAACCAGACCGAGGAGCCAGAGUACACCCUCCCCCAGGAGGCCUUCCCCCUGCGUCAUGAGAUCAUGGAGCAGCCGUCGGCCCCCGAGCUGCUGGAGAAGGCCGAGUCCCCGCACGUGAGCGGCAGCGAGGCCGAGAGCAUCUGCCUCACGUCCUCCGAGUCCAUCAGCCUCAUCUCCGUCUCGCAGCUGCUCUUCCCGCCGCACCUGCCCCCCACCUUCUUCGGCCCCGUCGUCAAGGAGAUGCUGGCCUACUACGCCGAGCAGGGCGACGUGCAGAUGGCCGUCUCCGUGCUCAUCGUCCUCGGCGACCGCAUCCGCAAGGACAUCGACGAACUCACGCAGGAGCACUGGUACAUGUCCUACAUUGACCUACUGCAGCGCUUCGAGCUGUGGAACGUAUCCAACGAGGUGAUUAAGCUGAGCACGUGCCCGGCCAUCGGCUGCCUCAACCAGACCUCCACCACGCUGCACAUUAACUGCAGCAACUGCAAGCGCCCAAUGAACAACCGGGGCUGGAUCUGUGACAGGUGCCGCCAGUGUGCAAGUGUGUGUGCGGUGUGCCACCAUGUGGUGCGGGGCCUGUUUGUGUGGUGCCAGGGCUGUGGGCACGGAGGGCACCUGGAGCACAUGGGGAGCUGGCUGCGUGAUAACACACACUGCCCCACAGGCUGCGGACACCUGUGUGAAUAUACCUAACACACACACACACACACACUCACACGUGUGUUAUACACUCAGUUGGAAAUUGAGUGUGUCGCCAGGAGUGUAGAGUUGGUUCACCACGAUGCUGCUGUUGCUGUUUUUUUUUGGGAAUAACCGCUGCUAUUCUUAAAGGACAAUAAAGGAUGACACACACACUCUGCACACACAAAUGGACCAUCACACGCUACCAGAAAUCCAUGCACAAAACACACACACACACGCUGUCAGACAGACACACACAUAUACGCACCCGUUACUCCAGUAUACAUAUCACACACACACACACACACACUUGCCAAACACAAUCUCUUCUGAAGCCAAUCACCUCAAAAGAAAGGGACUAGCUCUUUUUUAUAUUCGGACUGGUAUGUGUUUUUACCAGCUGUCUGCCUGAGACGAGUGAAGCUGUUUCUAUGUAUGUAAAUAUGUGAUUUCUGUAUGAAGAAGAUGAUGAAGAUGACGAUGGUGAUGAUGAUGAAGACGUGUAAUAAAUGUUUCCUUUUGCUGCUCUGUGCCUUCACAUGGAGUAAGCUCACCGUC